AUGGUUCUUCAACAGUGUUUGGCCUGCAAUACAGCGGUAAGAAACUAAACGAAAAUCUUCGCUAGUUUAGUUCGAAAUCUUUCAGUUACAGCUGCUCCUGUCUAAGUAAUAUUCAAAUUUGUCGAGGAAGUUCUAAUUUUCAUAAAUUUUGUUCAGCGACUCGUCCAAAGGCUUUUCGCGAUCUUCGCUUUUACACCACACUGUUUGUUUGUAUUCUUCCCGUUUCUAAGUCAUUUUUAAAGCAAUAACCAUGCCGCUUAAAUACGAAGAUUGAUUCUUGUUCCAAACUAGUAGGUAGAUCCAAUUUAUAUGCGGCUCUAAUUUAGUCGCCCCGGCCUCCCAGUGACAACAUGCGUUUAAGAUAGCGAUCAGACCGCGCCGUGGCCCUAGGUGAGUCCUAGGUUUCUAGUCGUUUACUUGUCCGAAAAAAAACUGGAGAAAAAUUGGGAAUUUCACUUUGAAUAUUACUUGAAAAAAUAGUCCCGUGCAAAAACACUUCUGAGAAGCUUGACGAGAAUUCAUGUGAAUGGUCACACAAUAGAAAACUCGCUCUAACAGUCGAAAAAUAGAACCAAAAACCGGCCAUAUUUGACUCUAGAGGGAGUCAGGAGGAUUGUGAUAUUUAGAACAAACUAAAUUCGUGUAUAACAUCUGUCAAACAAUCAAACGUAUAUAAACUAAAACAUUAGCACCUAGAAAAGCGAGAGGUCGAAACUAAAAAUGAGUCUGAUAAACGAAACUCACCCUAGGAAAACGCUUUGGGUCCGUUAUUUAAACGAAGUCUAACUUAGACCUCGGUUUAGGAAAUCUUUGAACCUCCAGAUCUCUUCUUCAGUGGGUUAUCUUAAGAAGACAAAUUCUCUUCUAGUCUUCGUUACAUGCUUUAGUGAAACUGUUCACGAAAAAUGGUGUUUAGAUAAAAGCGUUCAGCAAAGUGAAAACUGCUUAGAACACGGUUUUGUUCAGUAAGACACUGGCUAAACUCCAUUUAAAAAACUGACCCUGUGAAUUGUUUCUUGCCCGUUUAGUUCUACUUGUAUAUUUAAAAGUAUACUGACUAAAGGCCCGGCUAGUUGCCUAAGACAAUAGUUGAAAGGAAGAAGAAAUUGAGAGAGAAAUUAUAUAAGCUUCCCUAUCAUCAUUCAAUCACCAUUGCAACAAAAUACGACGCUUUCUGGCAACGCCAGCUCGUGUUUCCUCAUUUAGACUUGAACUUUUGUAAAACCACAACAAACACUGCUCAAAUAACAAGUGCUGGAUAUUUGCGCACUGGGACCAGAAAAGAAGUUGAAAUACGAAAUAGACUGAGCCUGAUCCUGGCUACAGAUAAGCGACAGAAAAGUAAACGGAGAGGUCAAAAUAAAACUUGAAAACACUUCGAACAAAUCUGCCCGAUAUUUGUGACUCUUCCAAAUGCUGAAACUUCAAAUUCCGCAACUAUUUUUUUCUUUGAAGAUUUUCCCAUAAUUAACAAAGAGGAAACGGAAAACUGACAAAUAAAUCCUUUUAAAGUGGGCGAGCAGGGCAGGUAGGGCGAAGCCAAAACCUUCUUCCGUUCUUACAAUUGCCGGAUUGCGCGCUUUUGCGAAACAUUUUGUUCUACAGAAUGAUAUCAACAGCAGCAACAGUUCACAGGUGAAAUAGAAAACAUGGAAGUCGAUGAAUUAAAUAAAUGUAUAGCAAAAUUUUACGUUUCCGUGAGGAAAACCGACGACAGCUAUUUUAAGAAAACCAGCUUCUUGUCGAUCAGGGCCACCCUUGACCGACAUCUCUUUCAAAAACAUGUCUCUUUUUUAUUUUAUUUUCUCGAAUAAUCAUCAAUGUAAUUAUACUAGAACAAUUAGUCGCUUUCGGCGACUUAUUGUUAAAUAAUUUUAAUCGAUGAUCAUGUUCUCUUUAGAUGACUGACUCAUGUAUCUCGUGUGUGUGCGGUCAUGUGUUUGAGUAUUCAAAGCAGAUUGGCGGAAAGAGAUUCUCAGGUAAGACCAGGCGUACCUUUUUUGUCUCGCGAGCGUAUGGGAAAUCUAACAAUCCAAGGCCUUAUCCAAUCUAAUUCCCAGGGCUUUUUCGAGAUUGAGGCCUAUCAUCAUAGUGGAGGUGGUGUUCCGGCCACCUGAUAGAGACCUCUAGAUUCUAAGACGAGUACGACAACGAGUACAAGAUUUAGUACUGCUUGAGCGCGAGCCAGCGUCAUUUUGGCGGGAAACGUGGUAAUUAGUAAGAAUGUCGUACUGGCAGGAACAAGUUAUGAAAUGCUAGAUGUUUUAUCAUUUUGCGAUCGGGAAAGGGCUUAACCUACUAUGAAGAUAACAGUGUUAACUUUUCUUUUGAAAAAAGUACAAUGAAGCAUUCCGGGGUGUCUAUUUUUUAGAAUACGCGAAAAACUUAAAGUCAAAUCUCAUACUCGUAGUCGUUUUCGUCCUUGAACCUAAAUAAAGAAGCGAGUCGUUUUAUCGGUGGAAAAAGAUUUUCAGGUACGAAACCAACGUUCUGAUUCUGAAUUUUUCGCAACUUUAAACAAAUGUGCACCAGUCCGCACACGCGUACCUAAAAAAUGUCGAAGAUACGUAACAACCAAAAACAAAAUAGCCAGAAAGCAAGGUAACGAAAGGUAAUUAAGGGAUAGCUCAUAAGGGAUUUAACUGCCUAUUUAAGAGCAUAGUCAAGAUAGAUGAUUACCUCGCCAUACUGAUAAAGAGAAAAAAUUUAAUAAGUCACCCACAAAGACAACCAAUUUGAGAGGCGUAGAGGGAUGAGUUAGAAAACUGUGCGUUUCCCCCUUGUUCAUCAGUUAUAUUUCUCAGGUAAAGAAAGUUUCAGUAAAGUGAAGUAAGUUAUCUCGCCAUCAUAGGUUGCUUUUAAAGUAAUUUAGUUCUGUUUGCUUUUACAGAAUACCGAGCCAAAUUAUAUUCUCGUUUAGAGACAGAAAACUUGAGAAAAGAAGCACGAAGAAAUAAGCCGCGAAGGAGAGGUCGCCCGAAGGUAAAAGACCGGUUCGGAUCGUGUUCCGUUGGAUUCAAUCAUUUUCGAUUGUUUGGGUUGAUUUGAUUUCCUCGCUUUCAGUUGGAAAAAACGGUUUGUGGUUUGUGAUUGCAUGAUCAACUUUUUGACCAGUUCAGAACAUGGAUGAUCGGGGAAAAGCUAAACUGUUAGUAGGCAUCGUGUUUUAGUCGUCAUUAGUUUGGCACGUGAAUUGUGCGCUUGUGCGACUAGCCUGCCGUGGUAGGCCCAAAUCCCCUUUCCAUCACCUCCCUGAUAUUCCCUUGUCACGCAGGCUAGUGUGUGACGAUAGGGACUGUGAUUACAGAGUACUUUCAGUCACAACCAUAUUUCAAAGAAAAACAGAUGAUACUGAGAGUUUCUAUUCGAACAACCUCAAACCCGUAUUUAGUUAAAACUGUUAAUCCCAGGUACAUGCAGGUAGUUUGCCGCUCAUUGGUGCGUUCGCCAUACAAAACCGUCAACUAGCUAGGCAGGCUAGACUGAGUUAAUGCAGAUUUUCCACGUCAAUUAUAAUUGUAGAUACGAAACGUAAACAGCAGUCAGCAGAUGGAGUAAAAAGUAUAGAGGAAUAAAAACUCAGACUAACAAUGCUUUUCUUUUGUUUCUAGAAUCGAUUUGCAGUAAACCACACCUCAGUAAAGAGGAACAGUAAGCCCAUAAGAAAACGAUUCUCUUGCUUACGAACAAAUCCAGGGUCCUCUCCGCUGGGAAAGCGCCGUUCAAAUAUGGUACCGACAGAGCUAUUGAGUAGAUUGCCAAACGCCCUCCAGGAAAUAAACCGAAAGAUAGCAGCACAGAACUUCAUUUGGCUGGAAUUGCAAAUUGAGAAGAAAAUCAGUUAG